GAUUAUUUUAUUUAGAUAUAAAUACGACAAGUUCCAUGAAUGCUUCAUCAGCUAUCAGGAAACUCAACUCGGAAAAUGGCUGCUAAGAGAUCUUUCAACGGAACAGAGUCUUGUUUAGAACAGAGGAUUGAAAAGAAGCGCCCACGCCAAACAUUUGCUAAGAUCAUUGGGGAAGUUGUAAUGGUAAAUUCCGUAAGGCAUCUAUCCAAAGCAUUGGAACCAUUACUUAGACAAGUGGUGAAUGAAGAAGUCGAUCGAUGUUUAUUGCGAUAUUCAAGAUCAUUAACCAGAGCAUCUUCGUUGAGAAUUCAAGCUCUAGAACCAUCUAGUUUUCAACUAUAUUUUGUAAAUAAUCUUCCGUCUACCAUAUUCACGGGAAGUAAAAUUACUGAUGUGGAAAGUAAACCGCUCCGCAUCGCCGUUGAAGUCGGCGGAGAAGAUCCGUCGUUGUUGCCGAUUUCAUCGUUAUUAAAAAUUGAAAUCGUGGUGCUGGACGGCGAAUUUGCAGCGGGUGAUCGAGAGGAUUGGACGGCUGAGGAAUUUAAUGCUAGCAUUGUGAAAGAAAGGUCUGGAAAGAGGCCGCUGCUUCACGGCGAGAUGAACGCAACGCUUCGCCAUUGUGCUGCGACCAUUGGGGAUCUUGAAUUCACAGACAACUCAAGCUGGAUUCGGAGCAGGAAAUUUCGGCUUGGCGCCCGGGUUGUUUCCGGUUCCGACCGAGAUAAGUUCCCUCGGAUUCGUGAAGCCAUAACCGAACCGUUUGUGGUCAAAGAUCAUCGCGGAGAAUUGUACAAAAAGCAUUACCCUCCAAUGUUGAAUGAUGAAGUUUGGAGACUGGAAAAGAUUGGAAAAGAAGGAGUCUUCCACAAGAAGUUAAGCAAUCACAAUAUCAAGACAGUUCAAGAAUUUUUAAAGCUCUACACAAUUGAUCCACAAAAGCUAAGAAUGAUUUUAGGAGUAGGAAUGUCAGAAAAGAUGUGGGAGGCAACAGUAAAACAUGCCAAGACUUGUGAACUAGGAAGCAAACUCUACAUGUUUCGUGGACCCAAUUGCCUACUUUUUUUGAACCCAAUUUGUGAAGUUGUUCGAGCCAUGAUCGGGGACCAAAUUUAUUCAUUUCGUGACCUCCAUAAUAUUCCUGAGGCAUACUUAAAGAAUUUGAGGAGACAAGCAUUUGAUAACUGGGCAUCGCUACAAGACUUUGAAGGGAACUUAAGAGAAUCAUUGUUAUUAACACAAGGAAAUGAAGAAAGUGAUUGUACAUUGGGGAAAUCGUUGUUUCAAAGUAGCGUCGAGUUCCUAAGUGAGCAACUUGAAUGCCAAGAUUGGGAUUCCAAUUCCGAUAAUCAGUUUAAUAUUUCUGCAACAAUCCAAGGGAAUUUUCAUUAUAAUUAUGGAUAGUUUGUUUUUUAAUUGGGGUUUUGGCAACAAAAUCCCAAUUAAUUAGCUGCUAAUUACAUUAGCAGCGUCCACCAAUUUCCAUCCACCACCGCUACUAUUACCACCGCUACUACUACUAUUUGCUAUAUUUUCUCCAAAUUUGGUUUCUUUUCAAAUUUAUUUUUAUGUCUUAGUUUUUAUUUGUAUAAUUAAGUUCUAAAUAAAAUGCCAAAAUUAAGUCUUAUCUUUCUC